CAAAAACUCGUCGAGAAAUCGAUACUCGAUACAAGGAAUUUUUGAGCAAAAUCAUUGUUGUUAAAAAUUGAUAAAUAAAUGGUGAAUCGUAUCUGCGUUUGGAAAAGCAAAGUGGCGAGUGACUCACGGUCAAAAACUCGUCGAGGAACCGCAUCGAAUAUCUGGAUUUCAGGAUUACGUGGAUCCACUCGUUUUCUUUUCUUUUUCUUCUUUUUCGUACGUGAAAUCUUCCUUAUUGCGGGUCAAUAAAAAGGACGAUGGGCCCGGAUACUGGGGCCAGAAACGUAACCUGCAGCCGUAAAAUUCACGAAAUAUUCUUGGAGGGAGGAGGGAAACGCGAAAUCAUUCAAGGAAUCGAGCCUCUUGUCGCGAUAUCCAAAAACGUCUCGAUAAUGAGAGAGGUUCUAAGGAAUAUAUCUCGAUGGCGUUUCCACAUUCCAACUUCGAGAUUCGAAGGUUCAACGAUCGGAUUUUUCUGUAAAAUCCUUCGAAACGGUUCGAAAUUUUUCGAAGACGAGAAACUUGCUUUUUCUCGAUUUUUGAACGAAAUAGAGGUAUGUAUAAUCAAUCGUAAAGUCGAUAGUCUCGCUCCCCAACCGAAAUCACACUUUCAGGAUUUUUCUUCAACGAUUAUCCAAUGUACCAAUACCUCUUCAAUCUUAGAUUAUUCUGAUUACCACAAUUGGUCAAAACGUUCCUCGAUUUUUACUUUAAACUAUUAAUAAGAAAAUUCCUUUCGUCCAAACUUGCUCCAACCAAUAUAACGCCCGAUCAACGAUUCCUCCCUCCCUCUUUAUCAGAUUACAUCAGAAUCGCAACCCAAAAAAAAAAAAAAAGGAAGAAGAAACCUGAAAAAUUGAAAAACCCACGGGUCGAUACCGUUAUACACGCGUCACAUAUCGAAAGCCUGGCCAAGUAAGUACACGAGAGUACAAAUGUCUCGACCUUGACAUCCUACGCGGUCGUUUGCCCAUCGAGGCAAAGCGUCUUUUUCCCCGGAUUUUGUUCGCGGACGAAUGAUCGGCCGCGACACGCGUUGUUGACCGGUCAUUCUAAGCCACUCCUCCAAUGAGAGGCCGGCAACCCGGGUUUCCUUCUCGCGCGUCCUUGCGCCUUCUUCGACCCCCUUCGACAAGGUGACAAGCGUUGUCGCGAUCCUCGCCGCGGUGUGGGGGGGAAUUUGAGAAAGGGGGGCCAAGAGAAGCGGUGCGCCAAGAGAAGAGUUGGUGCACUUCCUCCUCGAGCAACAGUUGGACCGCGGGGUCCUGCUUGCGCCCGUGUAAUUGGGGUCCUACUCCCCCAGGGAACAGAAGGUGGUGGGGGAUGCCCUAUGUAAGCCCUCCGACCGACCGGGUCCAGGCCAUCCAGCAUCAGGACAUCCUCGCAAGCAAGGACUCCACCACUUCGCCAUAUAUAUAUAUAUAUAGCAUGAGGUUCGGUUGGAUAUUGCUCGCCCUUGUGCCCGCCCUGUGCGACGCCGCCAGGAGAACCGAGGAGACUAGCUUUCUGGAAAAACGUCUCGUGCACCCUCAAACGUCGAGGCAACGUCAAGAUUUGGAAAACGCGUGGGAUCUCGGUGAUCUGCAAAAAUUGGACGGUUGGAACGGGACGGAAUCGAGGAAUUCAAAUUCGUUGAACACGAGGCAAAUAUAUCCCACCAUUAAUCCCGGAGACACGAACGAGCUACCAGGACCGAUAACCGGGAGGCCAACGAUGUCACCACCGCCUGGAUGUUUGAGCGUACGAGGACAAUACCCGAGCCCAACCAGUUGUUCCAAUUAUUUAAACUGUUGGGACGAAACUGUGACCGAGCAAUCUUGCCCCGAUGGAUUGUUCUUCAAUGACGUUAACCUUUAUUGCGAUUACGAUUACAACGUGAACUGCGGUAACCGACCUGUACCUACACCGAGGCCAUCCUUGACCGAUGGAUCGAAACUGUGCCCAGAACCGAAUGGUCAUUACAGAAGUGCGACGAACUGUUCAGAAUUCUACGUGUGCCUUUACAAAAAGCCCAUCAAAUUCGGUUGCCCCCGAGGCCUGGUCUACAAUGACCAAUUGGGCGUCUGCGACUAUCCGUACAACGUCGACUGCAAAGGCGCGGUAAGCCCUCCGCUCCCACCUAGACCGACCUCGCCGCAAGCUCAGCCAUCGCAAUCGCCCGCCUCGAUCUCGUCAGGACAGCAAUUGCCUCAACAAUCUUCUCAACAACCGUCUUACGCAUCUUCGCAACCUCCUUAUGCGCCUUCACAACCUCAACAACCAUCAUACACACCUUCGCAACCUCAACAACCACUAUACAUGCUCUCACAACCUCAACAACCAUCUUACGCACUUUCACAACCAUCCACGUAUCCUCAACAACCAGCUUACGGAGAUUCACAAUCGUCGUACGUGCAUGGAUCGCAGUCUUUUUCUGGAAAUCCUUGGCUGAGCAGAAUUCAACCUGUUCCCUGGAACGAACGAACUGUAAAUACGCAAUUGGAAAUCGACAAAGAGCAACAUGAACGAGAGGAAGAAGUCGAUACGCAAAAAGAAUCGACAGAGCAGUUGCAAAAUCCUUGGGACGUGGUGCAAAAUAUACCGUCUAGUCUCAAUACAGUUCCAUGCCAAGAUGGAGACGUGCACAAGUUGAACGAUGCUUGCACGAAUGUGGUGGUUUGCAGAAAUGGACGGCCGCAGUUGUUGCAAUGUUUAUUGGGAAAUUCGUACGACAGGCCAUCAGACUCUUGUAAACCAAUUUCCAUCGCCAAAUGCUAACUUCAAACUUACGCUUUGUGUUAAUUACGCCGAAUUAAAGUAAACACUUAAAGUAAAUAAAGCGAUCGAUU